AUGCACAGAGCUUUAAGACAUAUAUUGGCGGCACAACGCCUGCGCCCGUUUAGUCGGAACUAUUCUGUUGUGGGCACCGAUGCGACGGUGGUUCGUGGCCUCGUGGGCGCGAUUGGGAACACGCCGUUAAUCCGCCUCAAUAAACUUAGUGAACAGACGGGUUGCGACAUACUGGGAAAAGCUGAAUGGAUGAACCCUGGGGGAUCUGUCAAGGAUCGUGCAGCUUUGUACGUUGUAAAGAACGCCGAAGAACUGGGGCAACUGAAACCAGGAGGAACUGUGGUAGAAGGGACCGCAGGAAAUACAGGAAUUGGGUUGGCACACGUUUGCCGGUCAAAGGGAUAUAAUCUCGUAAUAUACAUGCCCAACACACAAAGUCAGGAAAAGAUUGAUCUUCUACGGAUGCUUGGUGCCGAUGUUCGGCCAGUUCCUGCUGUACCUUUUACCGACCCUGCCAACUACAAUCACCAAGCCAAAGCAUUUGCAGAGUCCCUUCCCAAUGCUGUGUGGACAAAUCAAUUUGAUAAUGUCGCGAAUCGGCAAGCGCACAUCGAGACCACUGGACCCGAGAUUUGGCGUCAAACUGGCGGCAAGCUGGAUGGUUUCGUAUGUGCCACAGGAACCGGUGGCACAUUAGCUGGUACAGCAAGAUAUCUGAAAGAAAAGUCAGAUGGCCAGGUGAAGGUGUUUAUUGCUGACCCGCCAGGCUCCGUAUUGUACGCAUAUAAAAAAGAGGGCCAGCUGACGCGCACGGGCGACUCUUCCAUUACGGAGGGAAUCGGCCAAGGUCGUCUUACGGACAAUCUGGCUCCUGACUGGAAACUGAUUGAUGAUGCUGUGCAUAUCCCAGACGCGGAGACGAUCGAGAUGGUGUAUCGUCUAUUGGACGAGGAAGGCAUCUUCAUUGGUGCUAGCUCGGCAUUGAACGUUGUGGCAGCGACAAAGAUGGCCCAGCAACUAGGACCUGGUAAACGAAUCGCCACUAUGAUCUGCGACGGCGCCGCCAGGUAUCAAUCACGAUUGUUCAGCAAGGCGUGGUUGGAGAGCAAGGGCUUGUUAGAUGCAAUUCCCCAACAUUUACAUAAAUACAUUCUCUUAGCAUAG